CUUUUUGCUUAAAAACGUUCUUUCGUUCUUAUCGCUUUAACGUUUACGCUUUUACACUAUACGUUCUAACGUCCCACUACCGACGUAAAAUAAAUUGCUUUUUACCAAAUGAAGUUUCACUCUUCAUAAUGAAUUCAAGUCCUCAUCAAACAACAUUCAAGAUUCUCGUUCUUGGCCAAUCUAAUGUUGGAAAGACUUCUAUUGCUUAUAGAUUUACAGAUGAUAGUUUCAAAGAGUCUUACAUCAGCACUAUUGGAAUUGAUGCCACUACCUCAACGCUUACUAUUGAAGGUGAAAAAAUUCGACUUCAGAUAUGGGAUACUGCAGGGCAAGAGAGAUUUCGAACAUUGACAAAUGCGUAUUAUCGAGGAGCUAUGGGGAUUAUGUUGGUUUAUGAUGUCACUUGUGAUACAAGCUUCAACAACAUCAGUAAUUGGGUACAGUGUAUUGAAGAGAAUGCAUCAGAUAAUGUUAUUUGUAUGUUGAUUGGAAACAAAGCAGAUGCAGAUGAAAACCUUCGUUGCGUUACUAAAAAGCAAGGGGAGGAGACAGCAGCACAAAGAAAUAUGGAUUUUUUUGAAGUCAGUGCAAAAACUGGACAUAACAUUAAAGAGGCAUUUACGGCAUUAGGGCAGAAAAUAUAUAAAUCAAGGUUACCAAAGAAUCUUCCAAAUUCAAUCACUCCACAAGAAAAGACUAAUUCAACUUGUUGCUGACCCGUUUGUAGUUAUAAAUCUUUUCUUUUUUAUGAUUGUUUUUCACAAAUAUCAGAUCAUUUGACUUCAUCAUCAAAUUGAUGAAGUCAAAUGAUCUGAUAUCAUUUUAAGUAUAUAGUUUUUUUACAUAAUUGAAGUAUUUACUAUUUUUUAUGAAUUGAGCUUUAAUGAGAAUUUCGUUUGAAAAUUUUUUCACAACUUAUAUGAACUCUUUCAAAUAGAUUUAUAUUUUACAUUGUUAAUCAUUUGAUUGUUUUAUUAAUAGUUUUUUAUAUUUUAUAUAUUUUUAAAAAAUAAAUU